UUUUUUUUUUUAUUUCAUUCAUGGCUUGAAUUAUUUAAUUCCGCUCUGUGGCUAUUUAUAUCCUUUUUCCCCUUUGAUUAUUUCCUUUUUUUUCUUUUUUUAACUGGUUGAUAUUUCGAAAAGAUGAACAGUAAUAAUGACAUUCCUCUAAGAGGUAAAGAUCGAAAUGAAGCUGAAGAACCUUUCUUGCCUCCACCUGUUCAGAGUAAACCAGUGGAAAGAGAUCACCCAGUUACGCUCAUUGCAAGUGUUGUUGCCUUUUAUUUUGUCAUUUCACUAUCAGUGGUGUUCCUAAACAAGAUCAUCAUGAGUGGUUCAGCAAAAUUUCCCUAUGCUCUCUUUGUAACCUGGUAUCAACUUGUUGUUGCGCUCAUUAUCUUGGUUAUUUGGGCUGAAAUCGGUAAACGCAAUAAGCUGUUUAGUAUUAUUCCACCUUAUGAAUUUGAUGGUACAAUUGCAAAGAGAGUAGCACCUCUAACUGUUGUUUAUGUUGGAAUGUUGGUACUCAAUAAUUUAUGCCUGAAGUACGUUGAGGUUACGUUUUAUCAGGUUGCCAGAUCGUUAUCGAUCAACUUUACUAUUCUUUUCACUUACCUCAUCCUUGGUAAAAAGACCUCUGCACCUGCUUUACUCGCUUGUGCUAUCGUUUUCCUCGGCUUUGCCAUUGGUUCAUAUGGUGAAAUCAAUUUCUCUUGGGCUGGUGUGAUCUAUGGUGUAGGUUCCUCUGCUUUUGUAGCUCUUUAUGGUAUCUAUGUUCAAAAGACUUUGGGAAUUGUCGACAAUAACCCUUGGAAGUUACUUCAUUAUAAUACCACGACAGCUGUCAUCCUUCUCGGCAUCUUUGUACUCAUCUCUGGGGAGAUUACGGAAAUUAUUGAAACAUCCGAAGUUAUUUAUGAUGUUGGUUUUUGGAUACUGAUGACCGUUACUGGUAUCACAGGAUUUGCCAUCAAUAUUGCCAUGUUCUUGCAGGUCAAGUACACGUCUGCUCUAACUAAUACAAUUAGUGGUACAGCCAAGUCUUGUGUCCAGACCAUUUUAGCUGCAAUGAUCUUCCAAAACGAAAUUUCUGGACUGAACUGCUUGGGCAUCAUUUUAGCUCUCUUUGGAUCUGGUUAUUACAGUUGGGUUCGUUAUAAGGAAAGAUUAGCCAAGUAAACUAUUUAUUGUACACUUUUAUCACCCCUUUCAUCAUUCAGUCUAUACAUCAAACAAAACUGUAUUUCUCAUGCAUAAACUUUUUAGAGUAGUAAUAAAGAAAGUAGCCCCUUUGAAGAAAAAGGCGCUUAUGUUACUAGCUCUUGCUGUAUCUAUUUUUUUAGUAUUCUUAAAGAGCUUUACUAUGAAAUCUAUAUUUCUUUAACAGUAAGCAUAGGUUCC